AGCCGCUGCUAGAAGCUAGCAACAACGGGCUUUGAACGCGGGCAUGGGCGCUGUGCGCGGGGCGCCCCGGAUAGGGCUACAGCUUGGGGGACACUGGGGCCCAGUACAGGGCCCCGGCCCCCUCGGGCCGUGCCGAUAACAGUGGGGCUGGUGCCUGCGGGCCAUGGAAGAGUCUGGGUCCCCCGGCGGGCUCAGCCGGGACCAAGUGGAGCGAUGUAUGAGUACCAUGCAGGAAGGGACCCAGAUGGUGAAGCUCCGUGGCAGCUCCAAGGGCCUGGUCCGCUUUUACUACCUGGACGAGUACCGCUCCUGCCUCCGCUGGCGGCCUUCCCGCAAGAACGAGAAGGCCAAGAUCUCCAUCGACUCCAUUCAGGAGGUGAGCGAGGGACGGCAGUCUGAGAUCUUCCAGCGCUACCCUGACAGCAGCUUCGACCCCAAUUGCUGCUUCAGCAUCUACCAUGGCAGCCACCGUGAGUCACUGGACCUGGUCUCACCCAGCAGCGAAGAGGCUCGAACCUGGGUCACUGGCCUUCGCUACCUCAUGGCUGGCAUCAGCGAUGAGGACAGCCUAGCCCGCCGCCAGCGUACUAGGGACCAGUGGCUGAAGCAGACGUUUGAUGAGGCCGACAAGAAUGGGGAUGGCAGCCUGAGCAUCAGCGAGGUCCUGCAGCUGCUGCACAAACUCAACGUGAAUCUGCCCCGGCAGCGGGUGAAACAGAUGUUCAGGGAGGCAGACACAGAUGACCAUCAGGGAACACUGGGCUUUGAGGAGUUCUGCGCCUUCUACAAGAUGAUGUCCACGCGCCGAGACCUCUACCUGCUCAUGCUGACCUACAGCAACCAUAAGGACCACUUGGAUGCCUCUGAUCUGCAACGCUUUCUGGAGAUGGAACAGAAGAUGAAGGGUGUGACACUGGAGAGCUGUCAAGACAUCAUUGAGCAGUUUGAGCCCUGCCCAGAAAACAAGAGCAAGGGGGUGCUGGGCAUUGAUGGCUUUACCAACUACACGAGGAGCCCGGCUGGUGACAUCUUCAACCCCGAGCACCAUGGUGUACACCAGGACAUGACGCGGCCGCUGAGUCACUACUUCAUCACCUCAUCGCAUAACACCUACCUCGUGGGUGACCAGCUCAUGUCCCAGUCUCGUGUGGACAUGUAUGCCUGGGUCCUACAGGCUGGCUGCCGCUGUGUGGAGGUGGACUGCUGGGACGGGCCUGAUGGAGAACCCAUUGUGCACCAUGGUUAUACUCUGACCUCCAAGAUCCUUUUCAAAGACGUCAUUGAAACCAUCAACAAAUACGCCUUCAUCAAGAAUGAAUACCCAGUGAUCCUGUCCAUUGAGAACCACUGUAGUGUUGUCCAGCAGAAGAAGAUGGCUCAGUAUCUGACUGACAUCCUCGGGGACAAGUUGGAUCUGUCCUCGGUGAGCAGUGAGGAUACCACCAUGCUACCUUCUCCACAGAUGCUCAAGGGCAAGAUCUUGGUGAAGGGGAAGAAGCUCCCGGCCAAUAUCAGCGAGGAUGCAGAGGAAGGCGAGGUGUCUGAUGAGGACAGUGCCGAUGAGAUUGAUGAUGACUGCAAGCUCCUCAAUGGGGAUGCCUCCACCAAUCGGAAGCGUGUGGAAAACAUUGCUAAGAAGAAACUGGAUUCUCUGAUCAAGGAGUCGAAGAUCCGUGAUUGUGAAGACCCCAGUGACUUCACUGUCUCCACGCUGUCCCCAUCCAGAAAACUUGGGCACAGAGCAGAGGCCAAGAAGGGUCAGAGCAAGGCCGAGGAGGAUGUGGAGUCCUGGGAGGACACAGGGGCAAGCAGGCGGAACAGCCGUCUCCUCCUGAGCAGCUUCUCUAAGCGCAAGAAAAAAGGCAGCAAAAUAAAGAAGGUGGCCAGCGUGGAAGAGGGGGAUGAGGACCUGGACUCCCCAGGAAACCAGAGCCGAGGGACAGCCCGGCAGAAGAAGACCAUGAAGCUGUCACGGGCCCUCUCGGACCUGGUGAAAUACACCAAGUCUGUGGGCACCCACGACGUGGAGACGGAGGUGGCAUCCAGCUGGCAGGUGUCAUCCUUCAGCGAGACCAAGGCUCACCAGAUCCUUCAGCAGAAGCCUGCCCAGUAUCUGCGCUUUAACCAGCACCAGCUUUCACGCAUAUACCCCUCCUCCUACCGUGUCGACUCCAGCAACUACAACCCACAGCCUUUCUGGAAUGCUGGCUGCCAGAUGGUUGCCCUGAAUUACCAGUCAGAGGGGCGGAUGCUGCAGCUGAACAGAGCCAAGUUCAGUGCCAACGGCAGCUGCGGCUACGUGCUCAAGCCCCUGUGCAUGUGCCAGGGCGUCUUCAACCCCAACUCUGAGGACCCUCUGCCCGGGCAGUUAAAGAAGCAGCUGGCUUUGAGGAUCAUCAGUGGCCAGCAGCUGCCCAAGCCACGGGACUCGAUGCUGGGUGACCGUGGGGAGAUCAUCGACCCCUUCGUGGAGGUGGAGGUCAUCGGGCUCCCUGUGGACUGCAGCAAGGAGCAGACCCGAGUGGUGGACGACAAUGGCUUCAACCCCAUGUGGGAGGAGACAUUAGUAUUCACUGUGCACAUGCCAGAGAUCGCGCUUGUUCGCUUCCUCGUCUGGGACCAUGACCCCAUUGGGCGUGACUUCAUUGGCCAGAGGACACUGGCUUUCAGCAGCAUGAUGCCAGGCUAUCGGCACGUGUACCUGGAAGGGAUGGAAGAGGCCUCUAUCUUUGUCCAUGUAGCUGUUAGUGACAUCAGUGGUAAGGUCAAACAGACUCUGGGUCUAAAAGGCCUGUUCCUCCGCGGCCCAAAGCCAGGCUCUCUGGACAGUCAUGCUGCUGGGCAGCCCCUGCCCCGGCCUUCCGUUAGCCAGAGGCUCCUGCGGCGCACAGCCAGUGCCCCAACCAAGAGCCAGAAGCCAAGACGCAAGGGCUUCCCCGAGCUGGCCCUGGGCACUCAGGACGCAGGCUCCGAGGGGGCAGCUGAUGACAUAGUACCCUCUAGCCCCAACCCAGCUCUGGAGGCCCCUACCCACGAGAGGUCAGGCGGCAGCAGUCCCCGAGAUACCCGCCUCUUCCCCUUGCAGCGGCCCAUCUCCCCCCUGUGCAGUCUGGAACCCAUUGCUGAGGAGCCGGCCCUGGGCCCUGGCCUCCCACCUCAGGCAGCCGUCCCCACAGGUCCCUCUUGGGAAAGGCCUCAGUGCCCUGCUGAACCUGGAGCCAAAGUGACCAUCCCUCAGAGGACAUCUUUGGGAGCUUUUGGACCCCUCCAGCCCAGGAUUGGGGGCCACAGGGACAAUGAAGACCCACCCCCAAAGCCCCACAAUGGUGGGAUCCCCAGUGGGUCACAUGGGGGGACGUCUGGCAGCCAGAUGGACAGCAAGGGCCACUCCCGGGCCCUGGGCCACCUGCCAGUGGUCAGAAGGGCCAAGAGCGAGGGCCAGGUGCCUUCAGAGCAUUUGGGUACAUGGCGGCCCCUGGCUGGGCCCUCCCCAACCCCUGCAGUAUACUCAGAUGCCACAGGCGGUGACAGGUUAUGGCAACGGUUGGAGCCUGGCAGCCACCGUGACAGUGUGUCCUCGUCCUCCAGCAUGUCAUCCAGUGACACUGUCAUCGACCUCUCCUUGCCCAGCCUGGGCCUUGGCCGAAGCCGCGAGAGCCUAGCUGGGGUCUCUCUUGGACGCCUGCACCCACGGCCCUGCUCGACCUCAGCUGCCCCCCCUGACCUGCCUCCUGUGACCAAGAGCAAAUCGAACCCCAACCUACGGGCAGCAGGUGGGCUGCCUCCCACAUCUGAUGAGCUUCGGCCCCGGCCUCUGGCUCCAAGACUGCCCAGCCUCCACUCCAGGCCACCCUGGCACCGCCUCACCUUGGUGGGCCUGCAGGACUGUCCAGUGUCUGCCAAGUCCAAGAGCCUGGGGGACCUAACAGCCGAUGACUUUGCCCCCAGCUUUGAGGGCAGCUCCGGCAGCCUGAGGUGUGGCCUGGGUCCCCUGGGUGCAGUGCAGCAGGGGCUGGGGCCAGGGUCGCAGCGGGAUGCCCUGACAGAGCAGCUUCGCUGGCUCACCGGCUUCCAACAGGCCGGGGACAUCACAUCACCCACCAGCCUAGGUCCGGCAGGGGAUGGGGCUGUGGGGGGCCCCAGUUUCCUGAGGCGCUCCUCCUCCCGCAGCCAGAGCCGAGUGCGCGCCAUUGCCAGCCGGGCUCGCCAGGCUCAGGAACGGCAGCAGCGGCUGCGGGGCCUGGAUCCCAGGGGUCCCCCGGAAGAGGAGCGGGGCAUCCCUGAGGGUACCUGUUCUGUGGGCCACGAAGGAUGUGUGGAUGUGCCAGCACCCUCCAAGGGAGCCCCUGAGCAGGUGUGUGGUGCUGAUGGCCGGCAGCUGCUCAGGUUCCGACCCCACCCAAUGCGAUGAGCUGGCCACAUUCCCUGUGGCUGCUCAAAGGAGCAGCCUCGGCCCACCUUUUGCUCAGGAAAUGGAGCCACUGGGUCCGCAAAGCUGCUGUGCCCCACCCAUUGUCUGGAGCACCCAGUAGCCUCCCCCUCAGCCUUGGCCGUCCUCGUCCCUGCUCCUGGGGAGAGAUGGACAGAUAGCCCUGUCCACCUGUCCUGUUGGGCAGUUUCCACAUUUUAAGAUAUAUACAUAGAGAUAUUUAACUUUUUAGAAGCAAAACAUACACAUCAUUAGAAUGAUUCAGAGCCCUUUCCCACUGUUCUCUCUGAUGUCUGGCCCUGCAAUGUGUGCUGCGUGUUCCCCCACCUGCUGUGCACCUGUAGCCCAGAAUGCCUGUGACCUGCCCACACCUGCUGGGAGGUUUGUCUCUGUCCCCCACUCCAUUGUGCAUCUGGCUUGUUCCAAACAAACCACCCAGUGACUGUAACUCGGGAACACUAAUAAACCCAUCAGGCCUGCUC